AUGGAAAGCAACAAUAUCAAUGGUCCAAUUCCAUCUUUCAUUGGAAAAUAUAACCAACUCCAAUUUUUGUACCUUUUAUACAAUAAUUUUAGUGGUCCAAUUCCUUCAGAUAUUCCUUCAGAUAUUUGCAGGCUCUCCAGCCUUAUGUACUUGAGUUUGUCUAAUAACUUGCUCACUGGUCAAGUAUGUCAAUUCAAAUAUAAUAAUACAUUAAGCUAUGUUGAUCUGAGCCAUAACAAGUUGUCUGGCACAGUUCCAAGCUCAAUUUUCAAUGAGGUGGACUUGAGGGUUCUCAUUCUUUCAUCAAAUAAGAAAUUGACAGGAGAGAUUCCUUCUGCAGUUUGUGAGUUAAAAUCACUCCAAAUCCUCGACCUGUCGAGUAACAAUUUCAGUGGUCCCAUUCCACAAUGUUUGGGAAACUUCAACUGUAGCCUUUCAGUAUUACAUCUGGGUAUGAAUAACUUUAAUGGAGUUCCCCCUCAAGUAUUUUCAGAAUGCAGUAACGUGAGAUAUUUGAAUUUCAAUGGCAACCAACUGCAAGGGAAAAUCCCAACGUCUAUUUCCAAUUGUAAAGAUUUGGAAAUUUUUGAUAUGGGCAACAAUGAGAUAGAGGACACAUUCCCUUCUUUUCUACAAACUCUUCAAAAGUUGCAGAUUCUACAGCUACGAUCCAAUAGACUCUGUGGUUUGGUGAAAAGCCACUCCAUUGCCAACUAUCUGUUUCCCAAGCUACGGAUUUUGGACUCCAACAACAAUUUCAGCGGACCUUUGCCUUCAUAUUAUUUCAAUAAUCUCGAUGCAAUGAUCAAUGUUGAUCAAAAUAUGACAUACAUGGGAUCACCAAACUACCCCUAUUAUGAUUAUUCUCUUGAUUAUUCUGUGAGCUUGACAUUGAAAGGAUUUGAAAUUGAGUUGGUGAAAAUCCAAACUCUUUUAACAACCAUUAAUUUGUCAGGUAAUAACUUCACAGGAAAAAUUCCCAAGUCAAUUGGAAAGCUUAAAGCACUUAAGCAGCUCAAUGUGUCUCAUAAUCAUCUCACAGGCAACAUUGAACCAUCAAUGAACCAUCAAUAGAAUUUGACCAAUCUAGAAACUUUAGACCUCUCUUCAAAUAAUCUUACUGGAAGGAUUCCGAUCCAAUUGGCAACUUUGACAUCCCUCGAAGUAUUUCGUGUUUCGCAUAAUCAACUUGAAGGACCCAUACCUACGGGCCCUCAGUUCAACACAUUUGAUAAUAGCUCGUACGAAGGAAACACAAGACUGUGUGGAUUUCCACUGGAAAAGGCUUGUAAUUCUGGUGAAAGGCAACAAGUAACGACCCCAUCAGGCGAAGGAGAUUCAAACUCUGAUGAAAAUGGAUUUGGAUGGAAAUCUGUUUUCACGGGAUAUGCAUUUGGAGCAGUGUUUGGUCUUGGUCUCGAAUGGAACCUUGUGCAUUCCAGAGAAAACAAGAAGAAAACCUGCUGCGUUUGGUGA